AUGGAAAAAAUUGAAGAAACAUACCUGCUCUCCUCGACCCAUGAACAUUUACCAUCCCCCUGUCCUGGACCACAUCCCACCCCUCAUCCCCCUAAACGUUUAUCCUUCCCCUGUCCUGAACCACAUCCCGCCCCUCAUGUCCCUGAAUAUCCCAGUCCCUGUCGAAUUAUACCCACCACUCACUCCCUACCUCUACCCACCCAGAAACCCGAAAAUACCUCGAAGAAACCCAGGAAAGCCCCGAACUCCCAAGGAACCAAGAGAUCCCCGAACUCCAACAAACCCCAGGAACCCGAAACCAGUCCCGAAGUAGCCCAGGAAAACGCCGAAUCCCAUGACGAUCCCACUACCAAAGUACCACAAGAAGAUGACAAAUUCCAAAGCACCUCAGAGGACUCUAUGACAUCAUCGAAUCCCAAAAAAUCCCAGAAACGACGAAGAUUCCCAGCACGAUUCAGAAUGCGGAAGAAUAACACAAGGAAACCCCGAAAAUCCCGAAUCCCAACACACCCCAUUGGAGCCCAUGAAUAUCCCACACCCGAACAAACCCCAGAAAACCCGAUCCUGCCCACAGUACCCCAAGAAAAUCCCGAACCCUCAGAAAUAACCUCAAGCCAGUCCCCAAUAUCCCAGGAAUAUCCAGAACCCCAGGAAUACCCAACCCCUAACGAAUGCCCUGAACAUCCCGAGUCCCCCUCCUUCCAGCUCUUCACUCCUGGAGUCGCUGAGAAGGUCACGAAGAAGAAUAAUGACACUGUUUUUGCUUAA